AUGGAGAGUUACGAGUUGGAGCGCACUAUCGAGGACCUAAAAAAGAUCCAAGCAGGCCACCGAAUAGCGAAGCAACUACUGGGGAAGAAAGAGCCUUUUCCUGACGGGGCUAGCGCGAGCAAACCAGGGCGAACGAAGCGGAGCGGCGAGAUGAAGAUCCUGGCACUGGAUCUCGGGGCGGAGCCCUACGUUGACGCUGAGCAAACACCGGAGCAAGCCACAGUGAGUGGAUGCACUCUCACGAAGAGUUUAAAGGUGGUUGGUCCAGAAGCUCCUCUUGAUGUUGUCACAGGUGAAGAUCUGGUUCUGCCCUGUUUUAUUAAACCCAACACCAGUGCUGUGGACAUGACAGUAGAGUGGUUUAGACUAGAUUUAUCAGUGAACUCAGAAGUGCAUCUCUAUAAGGAUCAUGGAGACAAAAAUGAAAAGCAGGCCCCAUUCUACAGAGGAAGAACGUCACUGUUUAAAGAGGAGCUACAGAACGGCAACGCUUCACUUAAACUCUCAGCUGUCCGAUUCUCUGAUGAAGGAGAAUAUAAGUGUCUCAUUGAGGACAAGUCCUGGUCUGAUGAUAUCACUAUUCGUGUCAUUGUUGAGGCUCAGGGAAGCAACCCGGUCAUCAGGAUGGAGAGUUAUGAUAAUUCAGGAGGGAUUAAUCUAGUGUGUGAGUCCAGAGGCUGGAACCCUGAACCUGAGGUUCUGUGGCUGAACAGUGAAGGAGACACUCUGCCUGCUGAAGACACACAGAUACACAGGGACACUGAGGGCUUCAAUGUGAAACGUCAAAUCACUGUUCAUGAUUAUAGUGACCCCAACAGAUUUUUUUGCACACUUCUACAAAAACAUCAUAUGAUGAAGAUAGAGUUCAUAAUAGAUAGCAAAGUCUUUGAGGCCUGGAAGUGGAAUGUCGGCAUUUUGGUUUCAGCAUGUGUUAUAACUGUCAUAGUGAUAGUAACUGCAGCAAUCUGGUGCAAGCAAGACAUUCUGAAACAGAAGCACAAUACAGAGCUUCAGAAGCAAUACACAGGUUUCAUAAAGAAAUUGCUUACAGUGGAUGUGACUCUGGAUCCUGAUACAGCUCAUCCUGAUCUCAGAAUAUCCCCUGAUGGAAAACAAAUGAUACUUGGAGAGACACAACCAGAUCUCACUGAUACACCUGAGCGGUUUACUUUAAAUCCCAGUGUUGUGGGAAAGCAGAGUUUCUCCUUAGGAAAAUUUUAUUAUGAGGUGCAGGUCAGAGAGAACUCUAACUGGAUGUUAGGAGUGAUGAGAGAGAGUGUUAACAGGAAGGAGAACAUUUCAUUAAAACCUCAUGAUGGACUCUGGACUGUGGGAUUGUGGGCGAAAAAGUACUGUGCUAAUGCUGGUCCUGAUGUCCCCCUCACACUGAAAGAAAAUUUGGAGAAGUUGGGGGUGUUUGUGGAUUAUGAGGAGGGUCUGGUUGCCUUUUAUGAUGUGGAGUCCAGAUCUCAUAUAUACUCUUUCACUGGUCAGUCUUUCACUGAGAAACUCUAUCCAUACUUCUGUACUUGGGACCAUAAUCACCUGAGCAUCACUGCUGUUACUGAAUAAACAUCUGAUUUAUAGUUCAUAACAUGGUCUAAUAACCUGUAUUCUUUACAGCUGGCUAUAAUAAUCACUUACUUAAUAAAACCAAAAUAAUCUGUGUAAAAUAUGAUUAGUGACUAAUUGUUAUUGCUGGAUUAUUCAGUGUUUGUGUUGAUAAUCUGAUUUCUCUUAAAAACUCUAAAAGAAUGUAGAGACCUUAUGAAGUUGAGUCAGGCGUUUUCAGCUCUGUCACUUGAGUUCAAUUUAUAGCUUUAACUAACCUUUCUCCAUCGCUAGGAAUCACCAUUUUUAUAGGGUGAAGCUUUGACUAUGUGUGAGUGGCAGGUAUAUAAUUGUUAACGAGGAGAUUUUACAGUUUAAAAUAUUGUUUAAUGCUGUUUGUUUUCUCUGGAACAUCAUGUUAUUUUUUUGUAUUUGAAUAAAUUUUUUAUUUGUACAUCAUGGUAAUACAGUACAUGUACAUUUAAAGUAAUUAAUUGUUAUUAGGGUAUUUUUUCAUAUGUGCUAUAAUCAAUUAAAACAUCUUAAUGUAUCAUUAUUUUGUGCAAAUGAACAAAGUCUCAGCGAUUAAAUUUCUGGAAUAUUUAUUCAAUCAGAAUAUUAA